GCCAACAAGAUGAAGAAAAUCCUCUUUUACUCUAGAGAGUCUAGAGUAAGACCUCAUUUGGUAUGAAGCAUGACCAUGGCUUUAAGUUCACUUUUUUGCUCCAGUCGUUCCAUUCCCACAUCCAUGUUAACUUCUGCUGGUAACAUACCUUCUUCACACACUUGUUUACCUUGUACUGCUAGUUUUAUUAGACACAACCAAUGCAAGAGAGAGUUUCCACACCCAGCUGUGGCUUCAGUACCUAACCAACCUAUCAACUUUGAUUACUUGGAAGAAGAAUUCAGUGGACGUGGAGUCACCUUUGAAGGGGUUGGUAAUAGUUGCAUUGCCAAGAUGGAAUUGAAAAAUGGAAGCAUUGCAACUAUGUUGCUGCCAAGUGGAUUGAUCACCUCCUAUAAGGCCCCAAUGUGGCAUGGUGGUAAGGUGGAAUUGCUCCAUACUACAAUGUCAGAGGGAGAAUAUGGUGAUGCCAUCAUUCAAGGAGGGGUGUCUUUAAACUUCAAUUUUCAAACUGAUGAUGGUGAAGUUUCAUGGUCUCCAACUAAUUGGGUUCUGCAUGAUAUUAAAGGAGCUGCUGAGGAAUCCAUUCAGGUCUGUUAUCCUGUGCGUAAAUUAGUAGGGUGUAUUAUAAAAAGACAAAUAACUCUUCUAAAAUAG